AUGGCCAGUUCUGCCGCAAUCGACGGCGUCGCAGCCGCGGCCCUCCGUUCAGUGAUGCAGCGCGUCCAGCUGGCAGCCCAAAAAUCGGGACGUGUAGCCCACGAGAUCCGAGUGGUGGCGGUGAGCAAGACGAAGCCAGUCUCUGUGCUCCGCCAAGUGUACGACGCCGGCCAUCGCUGUUUCGGCGAAAACUACGUCCAAGAACUCGUCGAGAAAGCUCCUCAGCUUCCGGAAGAUAUUGAGUGGCAUUUUAUUGGGAAUUUGCAGAGCAACAAAGUAAAGCCCCUUCUAACUGGUGUACCCAACCUUGCAAUGGUAGAGAGUGUGGAUGAUGAGAAGAUUGCAAAUCGUCUUGAUAAUGUAGUUGCUAGCAUUGGCAGAAAGCCUUUGAAGGUCUUGCUCCAAGUGAAUACCAGUGGAGAAGAAUCAAAAUCUGGUGUUGAGCCCUCUGGAUGUGUGGAGCUCGCAAAGCAUGUCAGUUUGGGCUGUCCAAACCUUGAGUUUUGUGGUCUAAUGACAAUUGGGAUGCUGGAUUAUACAUCUACACCAGAAAACUUUAAGACAUUAGCGAACUGCAGAACUGAGGUGUGCAAGGCACUUGGAAUACCAGAAGAGCAAUGUGAACUUUCAAUGGGCAUGUCUGCAGACUUCGAGCUAGCUAUCGAAUUGGGCAGCACAAAUGUGAGAAUUGGAUCUACAAUAUUUGGGGCGAGAGAAUAUCCAAAGAAACAAUCAAAUUAG